AUGUCGUGGUUAUUUGGCGGACGUAAAUCAGAAACGUCUGAGCCCGAAAACAGCUUUCAAAACGAACCAAAAUCACAAAAUUCGCUUGGAUUCGACCCUAGCCAGGUGACAAAUGUGUCGAGCAUCAUUUCUACACCAGGCGCUCUAGAUGCGUCAAGAUUGCACCCUUUGGCCGACCUGGAGCGAGGCGUGGAGUAUCUAGACCUGGAAGAAGAACAGCUGUCAACAAUGGAGGGAUCUCAAAGUCUUAUUCCGUCCAGAGGUUGGACCGAUGACCUGUGUUACGGUACCGGUGCCGUUUAUUUGACAGGUUUGGGACUUGGUGGAACGUACGGGUUUUUCGAAGGGCUCAAAAACAUCCCGCCCAACAGUCCGGGCAAACUGCAACUCAACACGGUGCUGAAUCACAUCACCAGAAGAGGCCCUUUCAUCGGUAACAACGCCGGUGUCUUGACACUCACAUACAACCUCAUCAACUCGUCUAUCGACGGAUUGAGGGGCAAGCACGACUCCGUGAACUCUGUGGUGGCUGGUGCACUAACAGGUGCCAUUUUCAAAUCGUCCAAGGGCCUUAAACCCAUGGGUUACGCCUCCGGUAUGAUGGCAGCAGCAGCGGCCGGCUGGUGCGGCCUCAAAUCCGUCUUAUUGUAG